AUGCUGAGGGCUAGGCUAGCCAACCUUGCCAAGCUAGCAAGUGAGGCCACAUGUUGCACAUGUGGGCCAGGCUGGAACAACAGCCCACAUGACAGCAUAUGGCACACCAUAGAGGCCAGCAAGGCCACCCACUUAAUCCGGCAGUAUGAGCACACGGGCGUGUUUCCAGAGGAGGAGGUGGAGCGAGCGAAGUACAGAGGAGCGCCGGCAGGGGAUGAGAAGUCCAGCCUAACCUGGCAACCCCCCUCCAACCUCCCCCUCCCACCCCUCACCUUCUGCUUGCCCCGUCGUACUCAUGCCGCGCCAAAUGCUGCCUGCUGUUUCUUCCUGUUUUUCAACCCAUUUAUCCCCAACAGAAACCCACCACAGGCAGCCUAUUUAAUCCGGCAGUAUGAGCGCACGGGGGUGUUUCCAGAGGAGGAGGUGGAGCGAGCAAAGCACAGGGGAGCGCCGGCAGGGGAUGAGAAAUCCGGAAUCGCCUGGCAACCCCCUUCCAACCUCCCCCUCUCGUCCGCCUCCCACCUUCUGCUUGCCUGUUUCAUUCACGCCGCCGCCUACCUGAUUCGGCAGUAUGAGCGCACGGGGGUGUAUCCAGAGGAGGAGGUGGAGCGAGCGAAGCACAGAGGAGCGCCGGCAGGGGAUGAGAAGUCCGGAAUCGCCUGGCAACCCCCCUCCAACCUCCCCCUCUCCUCCCACCGAGGGGCCCUGCCUCGCCUCCCCAUCAUAGCCGUUACCGCAAACGCUCUUAAGGAGGAUGAAGAGCGGUGCUAUGCGGUGGGGAUGGACGGGUUCCUGGGGAAACCGGUGCAGUUUCCGAAGCUGAAAGAGGCGAUUUCUGAGUUUAUAGAACUCCCCGGGUCACGAUUGCUGCAAGGAGCCGGGAGUGGUAUGAGUGGAGGAGUUGGGAGAGGGGGAAUUGGGCAAUCUAACCCCAAUUCAGGGGCAUCGGGAGGGUUAAUAUCCAUGGGGAGCGGGGUAGCAGCGCUGCUAGCAGGGAUCCCCCCACAGGCCGCCGGCGCCCCUGGGUUUCCCGCCCCGUCCAAGCUCUCGGGCGGCGUCCAGCGUCUCGUAGUGCCCGCCCGGCCGAGCAGCUACAGUGGCUCAGGGUCGGCGAGCGGCAGCAUGACUUACACAGGGGAUGAGGAGGAUUAUCAAGGAGAAGAGGGGGAAUUCGAUGAUGAGUACGAUGAUGAGUAUGAUGAUUACGAGUCGACUGUUUACUCGCCUAGAUCCGCAGCGGUUCGACGCGGUGCCAGGACUCCUGGAGGGGCGAGCACGGCUAGAACCCCCGGGGGAGCGAGUAUGGCUAGAACCCCGGGAACCACUAGAAGCUUCCGAACGUCGAUGUUUUACGAUGGGAGGGAGGAUAGGAGCGUGUAUGGGGGGACAGGGAGUGUGUAUGGGGGUGCGGAGAGCGUGUAUGGGGGCGCGGCUAGUAGCGUGGGUACGGGAACGACUGAUUUUCAUGCGCAGAGAGUGGUGACGUUGCGAGGGGGGACCGCGCCCCUGGGAGGGGGGAUGGGAGGAGGUGGGGGCGUGGGAGGGAUGGGAGGAGGAAUGGGAGGGUUAAGAGGGACGGGAGGGGUGGGAGGGGCAGGAUUCGGAGCAGGAGGGCUAGCAGGUGGAGCAGGGCUGGCAGGAGGAGCAGGGUUAGCAGGAGGGGGAGCAGCUGGGGGAUUGUCAGGAGCAACUGCUGCUAAUAUAGCAGCACUGCGCUAUCUUACUGCCCGCGCUGCAGGUAAUACUGGGGUAGGUGGAACUGGGUUAAGUGGUUUAACAGGGGCUGGUAACCCUGCAGGGGCAGCUGGCACAGGGUAUAAUUUGGGCAAUAACCCGAACCUGUAUAGGGGUACGGGUGCGGGAAUGGGAGGGCCGGGGUCUAUAGGGGGUAGUUCCCUGUCGUCUUUUUCUCAUCCCCAAAGGAAUUUGGCUCAAGGAGGGAGGCUUUUGGGAGGGAAUUUGGCUUAUAACGGAGGUGCUUAUAAUGCAGCGUUGGGUGGUGGGGCGGGUGUUGGGGGAGUGGGAGGGGGGUUGGGAGGGGCAGGAGGCCUGGGCGGAGGUUUGGCAGGAGGCUUGGGGGGAGGUAUGGGAGGAAGUUUGGCAGGUGGUUUGGGAGGAGUGGGAGGAAGAGGGGCCUCUCAGGCACAGCAGCUGCAGUACCUUAUUCAGCAGCAGCAGAUGCUAUUGGCCCAUACACACGCUCAGAUACAAGCAAGGCAGCAGCAGCAGCAGCAGCUGCAGCAGCAACAGCAGUUGCAGCAGCAGCGGCAGCAGCUGCAGCAACAGCAGCAGCAAUUGCUGGCAGCAGGAGGGUUGGGGAGGAACUUAGGGGGAGGUAUGGCUGGUAGCACGGGGUUAAGUGCUGGUGGCGUGGGAGCGAUGGGGUUAAGUGGUGGUGGUGUGGGGAAUUUGGGGUUAAGUGCUGGAGGUUUGGGAGGUAUGGGGUUAAGUGGUGGUGGUGCUGGUAUGGGUGCUGGUGUAGGGGGGCUGGGAGGAGGUUUGAUGAAUCGAGGAGGGAUGGGAUUGGCAGGUAUGGGAACCGCAGGUUUGGGAGCAACAGGCUUGGGAGCAGCAGGCUUAGGAGCAGCAGGUUUGGGAGCAGCAGGCUUGGGAGCUGCAGGCUUGGGAGCAGCAGGAAUGGGAGCGAGAACUGGAGCACUGGGGGCAGGCGGGAUGGCCAAUGCUGGCUCUCUAGCAGCAUUGGGGCUAGGAGGAGGAACAACGGGAGGGCAAUUGCGGAGUGAAUUUCAAGGAAUGGGAGGGGUAGGGGACAGGGGAAGAGGAGAGAUGGGAGGAGGAGCAGGAGCAGGGGCAGGAGGAGGAGGACGAGGAGGAGGAGGGGUGCGGGGCACUGUAGCAGCCCGGGUCGCCCCUCAGCGCCGCCCGGAGUUCCUGGCCGGUGCAGUUACCAGCGAGAGCAGGUUCGGCGAGGAGAGCUACAGUGAGAGCGAGAGCACGAACGCCCGGAGCCGCGGCAGGUUCGGCGGAGGUCCGGGAAUGGGCCGCGAAGGCUCGGGGAUCGGGCAGAGCAUGAUCGGGGGGAGCUCGAGGGAAGGUGGGGGGUCUGUUACUUCGUCUAUGCUGAAAGGGAGUGUGGGGGCGGGACUGGGGGGGGUGAAUCUGAGAGAUGGGGGGUUUGUGAGUAGGUAUGGGCAGAGCCCAUAUCCUAGAGCUGGGGCGAGUGGGGGUGGGGGUAAAUGGAGCGAAAGUCAUACCUCCCGAACCACUUCUUCAGCUAAGGGCAGGGAUCUUGACAGGAGAGGUAUGGGAGGAGGUAUGGGAGGAGGGAUGGGAGGAGGGAUGGGAGGAGGGAUGGGAGGGAUGGGAGGAGGGAUGGGGGGAAUGGGAGGCGGCAUGGGAGGAGGGGAAGAAGGGGAUGGGAGGAGAGGGGGGUAUCAAGGAGGGUCCCCUCCUAGGAUGGCUGCAGGGCAAGCGGUUUCAGCAGCAGCAGCAGCCGCAGCAGCAGCGGCUGCAGCAGCAGCAGCAUCACAGAGAGCACUGGCAGCCACCUCUGCCGGAGCUGCAGCCAUGGCAGGCCGAGCCGAGAUGGUUCGGGAAGAGGAACGGGCCGAGCGGCGCCGAACCAAAGCCGCAGCUUCGGCAGCAGGGUUAGAAGGUAGAGAGAGAGGCGGGGGCGGUGGAGGGGGGUAUGGAGAUGGGAUGGGCAUGGGGAGAGAGGGUGGAGGUAUGAACGGUGCAGAUCAGGCGUUUGGGCCACCGAGGGAUCGAGAGUCGUUGAUUGCGUCUAAGAUGGAGCUUCAGGAGCGGGCUGUGCAGCGACGGUCCAGAUUGCAGGCCCCGCAACGGACGGCUGAGAUGGGCCAAGGUGGUGGUGGUGGUGGUGGCGCUCGAAACAUGGGGUAUUGGAACUAA